AUCCAGUACUCAUCUUACAGUGGUAAAGGAACCAUGUUAUUACUAUUUUCUAUUGCUUCGGUGUUAUCAUUGGCCUUAGGCCAAUUGCAAACUCCAGAAGUGACCAUACGUCAGGGAAAAGUGAUAGGAUCUGUGGCCUCCGAUGGAAGAUACUAUGAAUUCCACGGCAUUCCCUACGCUGACUCUACAUCUGGCAUUCACAGAUUCAAGGCCCCGUUACCUGCUCCUAACUUUCAAUCAGACUUCAUAGCAAAUCGGAAAGAUAUAAAAUGUGUAAGGCCCUUGGGAGUUGGGUACGAGGGUACAGAAGAUUGUUUGGUAGCCAACAUAUUUACGGAGUCAAUAAGUGUCACCAGCCAGCUACCAGUCAUGGUAUGGAUUAAAGGGAAAGAAUUCGAUAAAACGCACGAAGAAGACCUAUCGUUCAAAAAUUUCGUCGACAAGGGUAUUGUUGUGGUUUCCCUGAACUAUCGCGAAUCUGUUUUGGGAUUUUUGUGUCUCGGUACGGAAAAUGCGCCUGGUAACGCUGGAUUGAAGGACAUCAUUGCGGGAUUAAAAUGGGUUCAAGAAAAUAUUGCACAGUUUGGAGGAAACCCUAAUGAAAUCACCCUGUUUGGUCAUGGCAGCGGAGCAGCUGCUGUUGAUUUGGUUACCUUAUCUCCUAUGGCAGAAGGAUUAGUUCAUAGAGCCAUUUCUCAAAGUGGAAACGCGAUGGCUCCUUGGGCUGUAUCUAGAGAUAACUUAAAAUAUGCUAUACAAGUAGCUGAAGGUCUUGGACAUGUAGUGACUAAUGUUAAAGAACUAUCAAAUAUUUUUACCAGAACCAGUGUAGCAGCUUUAAUGGGCAUCAUUAACGAACUAGAAUUAACAGAUAACUCAUUAGCUUUUUCCCCUUGUAUAGAAAAACCAGAUCUAGAAAAUGUAGAACCAUUUCUUACUAAAACUCCUAAGCAAAUCAUUGAUGAUGGCACUUUUUUGCAAAUUCCUGUCAUAAUAGGUUUUGUACAUAAUGAAGGUACUAUUAGGGCCGAAGAGGCCUUCAAUGACGAUUGGUUAACAAGAAUGGAAGAAUCCUUUACUGAUUUCUUACAACCUGACUUACAAUUUAGCGGCGACGCUGAUGAAGCAAGUGUAGCUGAACGCAUAAAACAUUUUUACUUCGGAGAUGACAGUAUAAACUUGUCACAUAUUGGUCAAUAUAUCAAAUAUCAUGGCCACACAAUGAUAAUGAUUUCUAGUGUUAGAGAAGCAAGAAAUCGAGCAAGUCAGUCAAGUGUAACGACUCCGACAUAUUUGUAUCAAUAUUCUUAUAAAGGAACUCUUGGAGUAGAACUUGAAGACCCUUUAAAUCUUGAUUCGGCUGCACAUAGCGACGAACUGGCAUAUUUGUUUUAUACUGGUACCACCGGACAAGCGCCUGAAAGGGACCUAGCCGUUCGUGACAUCCUUGUUGAAAGAUGGAGUAACUUUGCUAAAACUGGUGAACCAACUAGUACCACAUCUGAUAUUGUUUGGCGACCGUUUACUGCUGUAAAUUCUUAUUUCCUGCACAUACUUGCCGACACUGACAUAGGAACAAGAUCUUCUUUGGAAUCAUCGCUUGUGAAUCCUUACGGCACUGAUAUAUUUUUCUGGGAAGAUAUUUAUAGCAAACAUUUCUUAGAUGCGGAAAGUAGUUGGGUCAUAACGGAUAGGAAUGAAGAUGAAAAUGACCCCACCACGGCAGCCCCUACUACUGCCGCCCCCCCUACCGAUGCGCCUGCGACUGAUGCACCUGCUGCUACUACUCCAGCACCAGACGGAGAUGCCACCACUGAAGCUCCCAGCUCGGCAUCAACCGCUGUCGGCUACACUUUGUUAAUAGUUACCCUAUUUACAUUACUAAGCCACCUUCACUCCUCCCAAUUAUUAUCAUAAGAACGAUUCAGUAGAUUUAUUAGCUACUGUUUUAGUUUUUUGUUAUGUAUCAAAUUCAAUCAUCCUUCAUUUUCCUUGUUUAAAUUUCUCACAGAAAUCUAUUCCAAGGACAAUUCACAUUGCUAUGUACAUGUUUAUAUAUAAUUUUUAGUUUAAGUUCUACUUAUUAAUAAAUGCUGUUUUCCAUGGUGCGGCAUUAUCAUAGCCUAAAUUUAUAAAAAUAUUUGCAAAACUAUUGACAACGCGAAUGUGUCCUUAAUUAAUUUGCAAAUAUAAGUAAGUUAAGUUUUCUUAAAAUAAAUUGAUGUACGUACACCCAA